AAACAUCUCAAACUGUCAAAGUCAAAUGCAUAUGCAAAUAAUCAAAACAACAUAAAUGAAGAAAGUUAUAUUCAAAGGUUAUAAUACAAAAUAUUACUCAAGUUUGUGAAUACUGCAGUUGAAACCAGGACCAGAUACAUACAAUUUGAAAUCCUUUGUCGUAUUGAGUAAUUUGAGAUGUCCUGAUAAACAAGUAGUGAAAUGUUUCGAAGGACCAAAGUCAACAAAGCCAGGCUGGAACGAAAAUUAUACUUGGCGAGAGAGAAUCCUGAACCUAUCUUUGACUUGUCUGAAUGUGAUAUAAGGGAAGUACCACAUGGAAUAUAUUCACUUUGUAGAGUGUUUCUAAAAGAAUCAUUGAGGCUACAAAAUAAUUCCUUAACUUCAUUGUCUGGAGGAGGAAAUUUAAAAGAAUUACAACUCCUGAGAAUAUUGGACAUCAGUAACAAUGCAUUUUCCUCCUUGCCUGAUGAAAUUGGUUCCUUAACAAACUUGCAAGAAUUUUACAUAAGUAAUAAUCAUUUGAAAAAACUGCCAGGUACAAUUUGCCACUUGACAAAUCUAAAAAUUUUGGAUGUAUCCCAUAAUCUUCUAAAACAUUUACCUGAGAACAUAGGGAACCUUGUGAAUUUGAGAAAAUGUUUAUUAAGCAAUAAUAAUUUAACAAGUUUACCAAAGAGUGUUCACAAAUGGACAAAAAUUAAUACAUUAGAAAUAGAUGAGGAAAAGUUGAUUUACCCACCAGCAACUAGUUUCAGUGGAGGAUUGGUGUCUAUGAUGAGGUAUAUUUGUGAGGAUAUAGGUGUAACAGAUGUUUAUAAGCCCUCUAUGGAAGUUGAAGAUGAGGUUGACCAAAAAACUAGUGAACAUGUUAUGAAUUUUGAACAACAGAAAGUUAAGGAAUUUUUGGAAAUUGAAAGGUACAAUGAAUUCCUCAAAAGACAAGAGUUUGAAUAUGCUACUACAUCUAAACUGAAAAGAGAACAGUUGUUGUCAGAUUUGAAAGAUCAACAAAAUCAGUUUGACCAAGAACUAGGUAGGAUUCACCAGGAUAAAGAAAAUGAGAGAUUUAGGCUCAUUGAACAGCUACAGGAAGCUGAAAAUAAUGCUGAUAUACUGAUAAUAUAUCUGUUAGCUCAAUCCAAUGAACCUCCAGGACAGUUGUUGGAACAAGAGAAACAGGAAGAAGAGAGACUGUUAACUGCCAUGAAUCGUUACAAUGGAACUUUGAGAAAAGAUGAUAUUCUCAAAGCUAUGGAAGAUAUUUUAACACAAGAAACACAAAAGUUCAAAGAAUUUGAUCAAAGCAGAAUACAAGCCUCUAGAAGCUUUGUGGAACAAGAAUCAGAGGUUGAUACCAAAUUACUAGAAAUUCUUCAAAGUCAAGAUGAACAGAAAUGUGAACUAGUAAAUAAACUUAUACAAGAUGACAAUUUGCAAAGAAUUGCAGUUGGUGCUCUUCUUGAACGUGGUGAUGCUAGAAGUUGGGGCCUUCUACAGAGAAUAAGAUUGGUUGAAUCCCAAUUGGCAGCUUUAACAAGAUUGGAAUUGGAUAAAAAACGACUUGAAGUAGACCAGCAUAUAAAUGAUCUUUGUGAAAAGAGAUACAAUUUAUCAGGAUUGCUGAUGAAUUUAUUAGACCAACAAAAAGAGAGAAGGACACAAUUACUCCUUACCUUACAAGUGAUGGAAGAAAAUAAUGAGAGCAUAGAAGAUUUUUGGCUGAAACAAUAUCAGAGACUAUUGGAUAAAUUGCCAGAUGGUUUAUCACAAGCACAGAAAAAUAUUGAUCCCCUGCUAGCACAAGCUCUUUUGAUCAAUCAGGUGAUCCAUUGUCUCCCUUAUUUGGCUAAACUUACCCAAAGCCAGUGUGAUACUCAAAGUAUAACAGAUGAGGAUCUUAUCAAGGCUGGAGUAGUUCAUGAAUAUGAGAGGGAAGGAAUCCUUAAUGCCAUUCAAAUAUAUGCUGAAGAAAAGAAAAUAUUCAAAACCAGUGAUACAUGUGCUAGUGCACCACCACUUCCACCAGAAGAAAUUACUGCAACUGCUCCUUUGCCAGAAAAUAUCAAGGCAAUUAGCACAUCAGAAUGUGUAAUAUGUUUGGAUAUAGAAAGUGAAAUGAUUUUUGUGCCAUGUGGUCAUUUCUGUUGCUGCAUUCAAUGUUCAAAACCAAUUGGAGAAUGCCCCUUGUGCAGAUCAGUAAUUGAGUCUAAAAUUAACCUCAUUCUCUAAUAAUUUUCUUCAACUUCAACAUGGAAGGGUAGUUCUGGUUUGUCUGCUGUUUAUCAACUGAUUUUUCUUGAUAGUCAUAUUUUGGAUAUUUUUAUAAGUAGCUACUUGGGUAUUUACUGAGGGCAAUUUAUUGCUCUGAGGGUAUACAUCAUUGGGCAUACUUUCAAGGGUUAGACAUUUCAUAUUGUGCAGUUGGCUACAAAGGAGUCAAUUCAUUGGGAUUAGACUGUUAAUCCUUCCAUUUUCAUACUAAUUAUAAUAUUGACAAAGGACAAGGCAUUCCACAAAUGACAAAUAGCACAGAAUGUCUGACCCUUUCCAAGUGAAUUAUGGCUGAUUAAUUUCAGAUACUCUACAUACAUCCUACAUUUAUAUAAUAAUAUCCUAAAGUUUUUUGAUUUGACAGCUGAUAAGCAGAUAAUCACACUUUCAAGUUUCAGGAUAUUAUUGGUGUGAAAAGUUCUAUCCUUCAUGAUGG